UACUGACAACCUCCAGCUGCGUUUGCCGCUGCUGUGACUGUCCUGCCUGGCCGCCCGGUGUCUGAUACGCUGCUCCUUCCCUGGAUCCAAAGCCCGCCUCGGCUACCGAACUCCCAGUGAAUGCACUAGUCAGCAACCAUGACAGGCAUCGCCGCCGCGUCUUUCUUCUCCAACUCCUGCAGGUUCGGGGGCUGUGGGCUCCAGUUCGAGUCUCUGGCCGAGCUCAUCGUCCAUAUCGAGGACAAUCACAUCGACACAGAUCCUCGUGUUCUGGAGAAACAGGAGCAACAACAGCCCACUUACCUGGCCCUGAGCUACAUCAACAGGUUCAUGACGGAUGCGGCGCGUCGGGAGCAGGAGACCUUGAAGAAGCGGGCCACGCCGAAACUUUCCCUGUCAAUCACAGGGGGUGUGUCUCGAAACAGCGUGGCCACGCCUCCACGCCACAGUAAUGGCAACCUGACUCCUCCCGUGACUCCACCCAUCACACCCUCCUCCUCCUUCCGUAGCAGCACACCCACAGGCAGUGAGUAUGAUGAUGAGGAGGUGGACUACGAGGAGUCAGACAGUGAUGAGUCCUGGACCACGGAGAGUGCCAUCAGCUCGGAGUCUAUCCUCAGCUCCAUGUGUAUGAAUGGAGGGGAGGAGAAACCCUUCGCCUGCCCUGUGCCUGGCUGCAAGAAGAGAUACAAGAAUGUGAACGGAAUUAAAUACCACGCCAAGAACGGCCACCGGACACAGAUCCGUGUGCGGAAGCCCUUCAAGUGCCGCUGUGGGAAGAGCUAUAAGACGUCCCAGGGCCUGAGACACCACACCAUCAACUUCCACCCGCCCGUCUCCACCGACAUCAUCCGCAAGAUGCAGGGCUAGAGACGAUCAUCGUGACAACCCCUGGUCACACCCCACCAUGUAUGCCCCCCCAAACCCCAUUCCUCACCAGCACUACCCACCCAACCCAAACUUUUUCAAUUGUCAAUAUCCACCUCACCUCUCCCAACCACCCAAAACAUAUCCCUAUCCCUUCUGGCCCAACAUAGGGGUGACAACCCAAACCUCUAUCCCUUCUGGCCCAACAUAGGGGUGACAACCCAAACCCCUAUCCCUUCUGGCCCAACAUAGGGGUGACAACCCAAACCCCUAUCCCUUCUGGCCCAACAUAGCGGUGACAACCCAAACCUCUAUCCCUUCUGGCCCAAUCUUAGGGGUGACAACCCAAACCCCUAUCCCUUCUGGCCUAAUCUUAGGGGUGACAACCCAAACCCCUAUCCCUUCUGGCCCAGUCUUCAGGGUGACAACCCAAACCCCUAUCCCCUCUGGCCCAAUCUUAGGGGUGACAACCCUUAUCCCCUCUGGCCUAAUCUUAGGGGUGACAACCCUUAUCCCUUCUGGCCCAAUCUUAGGGGUGACAACCCCUAUCCCCUCUGGUCCAAUCUUAGGGGUGACAACCCUUAACCCCUCUGGCCUAAUCUUAGGGAUGACAACCCUUAUCCCCUCUGGCCUAAUCUUAGGGAUGACAAACCC